AUGGCGCGCAAUUUGUUUUUCGGCGGAGGUCGAGAUCCAUCCCCAGAUGAUGUGACGACCAAGGUCUACUUUGACAUUAGCAUUGGCCAGCAGCCUGCCGGGCGUGUGGUCUUCGGGCUGUACGGUGGCAUUGUCCCAAAGACCGUCGAGAACUUCCGCACGCUUUGCGAGAAUCCACCCGGCGAAGGGUUCAAAGGAUGCCCCUUCCACCGCAUCAUCCCGGGCUUCAUGUGCCAGGGUGGUGACUUCACCAACUUCAAUGGCACCGGGGGUCGAAGCAUCUAUGGAAACAAGUUCGAGGAUGAGAACUUCGAGCUGAACCACACAAAGCCUGGGCUCCUGAGCAUGGCCAACGCUGGCCCCAACACCAACGGAUCGCAGUUCUUCAUCACCACAGCGCCCACGGACUGGCUCAAUGGCAAGCACGUUGUCUUCGGCGAGGUGCUGGAAGGAUUCGAUGUCAUCCAAAAGAUGGAAUCUAUGGGAUCUCAGUCGGGCAGGACCCGGCAACCGGUGGCCAUUGCUGAUGCAGGUGAGCUGUAA